GCGGUGGUAGUUAGUCGUGAGGGCUUGAAGCUGGGCUGGGAGGGGGUGGGCCCGGAGCAGUGCACCGAUUUGCUGAUUCGGGGGUGGUAUCCGCGGAUCGAGACGGGGCAGAAUGCGGUGGAGGGCGUGAAGAGCUUUGUGGAGAGACGGAAACCGGUUUGGGUGGAUAGUAAGCUAUAGUGGCUGGCUGGGCUGGUGGCGUGGUUACACAGUAACGGUCUGCUGUGCUAUGUGCCUGAGUUGUCUCUAUAUGAUAUAAAUGCGUUUGAUGUUGCAUGCUCCUCCCAUCAACUUUCCAUUUGACCCUCCAUAUAUGUCUUAGGCUCUCAGGAACAUUGAAUCGUAUCACGUCCUUCGUAUUAUGUAAAUCCAUCCUGUGCUGGCAGGCUAACCGUAGGCCUGAAUAUUAACAUCAAGAUGUAUAUCAAGAUGUAUAUCAAGAUGUACAGUACAUGAUGCAUGUCUCCGCCAACCCGAACGCGCCAAUCAAUGAUCCCUAUUCUGACUCCCCCUCCGAAUUUUCCCCGGUGGAUUACACAUCAGAUUACAUAUCGGAUUACGUACAUAUGGCUCAGCAGAUAAUGGACGGUUCAGGUUAGAACUUGUCCCACCCGUUCCUUACUUACUAGGCAGUUUUCUUUCCAGCUUUAUCCAUCUUUAUCCAUCGGCGACGCUAUUUACAUAAUCCCCGUCCACGCCGUUCGACUUAGCGUCUAACACCCCAGCAAUGGCCGGCAACGACAGUCUCCCUCCCGUCACUUCCACCUAUGCCGUCCUUGGCAGCACCGGAAACUGUGGGACUGCUCUUCUGCAAACCCUUCUCCAAUCCCCGACCAACAAGAUCCACGCAUAUUGCCGUAACCAGGCCAAAUUGCACCGCCUCAUCCCCCAGGUCGUCGACAAUAAACAGAUUCGCGUCUUCGAGGGCAGCAUCCACGAUGUCGAUCUCAUCACCGAUUGUGUCCGCGGCACCAAGGCUGUCUUCAUGGCCGUCACCACCAAUGACAAUGUCCCUGAUUGCCGUCUGAAUCAAGACACCGCCGCCACCGUCAUCCGGGCCCUCGAAGCCAUCAGAGCGGAGUCGUCGUCGCGCGCCAAGCCAGAAGCGUCCAAGCUGCCGAAGCUAGUCCUGCUUAGCUCCUCCACCAUCGACGACCGCCUCUCCGGCAACCGGUCCUGGCUGUUCCGAUCCCUCAUGCGCACCGCCGUCUCCUACGUCUACGCCGACCUACAACUCGCCGAAAAAAUGCUGCGGUCGCAGGCCGACUGGGUGUCGACCAUCUUCAUGAAGCCUGGGGGGCUGUCCGUGGAUGUCGCGCGGGGCCACAGGCUGACCCUCGACGAGGACGAGUCUUUCCUCAGCUACCUGGACCUCUCGGCCGGCAUGCUCGAGGCCGUGAACGAUGAGGAGGGCCGGUACGAUGGCAUGAAUGUUGGCGUGGUGAAUGCGACCCGUGGCGUGGGUGCCAAGUUUCCCAGCGGCGGCCUCUUGGCCAUCCCGCUGGGGCUUCUGAGGCAUUUCUUCCCUUGGCUCCAUCCCUAUCUACCGGUGGCAGGACUUUGAUAGUUCUUAUUUCUUGUAUUGGGGGU